GAAAAACAUUCGAUCAUUUUCCACUGUGAGCACAAAGAGAAAGAAAAAAGAGACAAGGAUAGGCUGCUACUAUCAUCAUCAUUGAUGAUGAUGAUUCUCAAAUGGCAAAUCCUUGUUUCCAGAAAAAAUACAGGCCAAGCCAACAACAAAAAAAAACUCGACAAUCGAGUUUGAUACACAUCACAACAGCAGCCAUUUUGUUUGUUGUGUUUGUGUGUGUUCGUUGCUCUCGUUUCUUUUCGAUUCAAAUGCCUUUAUUUUGCCUUGUCACACAAUUUGGUAUUUCAAUGGUUUUUGUCGUUGAGGUUGCGCGGAGUUGCUGCUGUUGUUGAUGAUAAUAAUCACCACAAAGGAAAAAAUAAAGGGGGGAAUGUCUUUCGAUAUCCUGUAUGUACACGAUACAUCUUGUUUUUCGAAUGGUUGUUGUUGAAUGGAAUGAAAAAUUGACUAUAAGUUUGCUGGGGAUUUCAGGCAACGACAACAUCAGCAACAGCAGCAGUAGCCAUUUUUAUUGUAUAUGUCUGCAGUGUAUUCCCUUUUUUUCUAUUUCGUCGUUAUAAUAUUAUUUUCCAUUGAGUUUCUUUUAUGUGUACAAUAAACGAUUUUUUUUUGUUGAAUUUUUUCUGCCUAUGCCGAUUUUUCGCCAAAUGUUAUUUUUUUCUACGUCGUAUGUUUCAGGUCCAUUUUAAACAACUUCCGUUCGUUGAAUUUUCAUAAAUUCUACAUCAUUGUGUUCCGUUUUUUAUGAUCUACACGUUGAUAUAAUUUUCAUUCACCUUUGACCUUGUUUUCGUGGGGCCCUAGUUUUUGGCCAUAAUCGGGUCCUGUUUAUCAUCAUUUCAAUUUUGAUCUCUAGUAUUAUUGAUAAUGAAUAAAUUCAGCAAUUACAACGAUGUUUUAGCACUUAUUUUCGACCAAUUUUCGUCCGGAAAUGAAUAUCCGUUUUUUUGGGGGUGAUUAUCCAUCAAAAUUGUUGUAAAUCAUCUAUAUGAAUAUUUGGAAUGUUGUUGAAAUCAACUUGAUCAACAUGAAUUUUCAAACAAAUGGUCCAUAUUGAUUAGCUCAUCAUUUUAGUGUUAUUGCAAAUGUGACAUGGUUUUUCAAAUUGAAAAUAUCCACAACUCAUCGGGAUGUGAUUAUUUUUGCCUAAAUUUCCAUAUUUUAGAUAUCUGGAAAUCUAAUCUAACCAAACUUAAAUGUCCAUUUAGAUUUAGAUUUCAUUUUGGAAAAUUUAUUGGUCCUUUUUUUGUCGUAUUUUAUGCAGAAAAAAAAUUAACCAAAAUGUUAUUAAUGGAUAUAAAAUAGUACCGGAAAAUAUGAAUUAGAAUUUUGACGGAUAUAUACUGAUUAAAAUACGAAUAUCCCAAAAUGGAUAUAGACAAUUUUUUUUCAUUUGGAAAUGGAUUUACACUUUUUUCGUUGAGCAAACAACAACAACAUUGACUCAGAAAUGAGCAAUACAGGAAAACUAAUGAGUCAGCUCAGUUUUGCAUGCUCAGCCAUCUCUUGUCGAGAAAUCAAAAUAAUUUAUUUAUUUCAACCACAUGUUUCCUGUUCGAUUGGCACGUUGUUUGACUUUUAGGCCCAACAGUCGACUUUUUGUUAUUAGAAACGAAAAAUUUCUUCAACAAAAUUUCAUCGUAUCCAGAAUGGUAACAGAUACAGGUGCCAACAAAAUGGUUUUGAAAAUUAAACGAUUAAGCGCCGAUGCUCGACUACCAACUCGAGGUUCAAAAUUAGCUGCUGGUUAUGAUCUAUAUGCUGCACAUGAUGCUAUCAUUCCAGCUCGUGGCAAAAUAAUGAUAAAGACUGAUAUAUCGAUUCAAAUUCCUUCUGGUUACUAUGGUCGUGUCGCUCCACGUUCUGGUUUGGCAUUGAAAAACUCGAUAGAUAUUGGUGCAGGCGUUAUUGAUGAAGAUUAUCGUGGUAAUGUAGGUGUUAUCAUAUUCAAUCAUGGUGAUCAGGCCUUCACCGUAACUUGCGGUGAUCGGAUUGCCCAAUUAUUGCUGGAAAAAAUCAUUACACCCGAAGUGAUCGAAGUUGAUGAACUUGAUACAACCGAACGAAACGCUGGUGGAUUCGGUUCAACUGGUGUAUCAUCAUCAUCAUCAUCAACAGCAUAAUCAUGAAACCUUAUUGUAAUUGUAAAGUUCAGAUUUAUUUCUCCACUAAAUAAAAUUUUCCAUUCUUAAAAGAAA